UAGAGACUCAGGAACUAUCAGAAGAACACUUCCCUUGGAAAAUUUUACCCACCAGCAUGAAGCUGAUUUGCUGUGAUGGUCACUUAGAAGGGUUUCGCUUUUUCCUAAACUGUGGCUGUUUAAAGUCUUGCAGUCUGGACAGUUAACAGCUGAAGAAAAUAUGACAAGACACAUGCAAAGAGGUUGGGAGAUAGAGAGGAGAAAUGCGCCAGAAAGGAGCUGAGCUGCCUUCUUGUGUAAACUGCCCGAGUUAGGGCCCCUCCCCCAACCUCGGUCCUUGUCCCCCCCACCCCCCUUCCCAGGGCUGUGUUUUGCUGUCUGCCUGAAGGCCGGGAGUGAUCUGUUAACCUUGCACCACUGACUGGGAGGCCACUGCAGCUCAUGCAGACAUUAGUGUUGGCCAUUGUAGAACUCUCGUGGGGAGUUAAAAGAUCGGACCUGAGUUCAUAUUCUAAUGUUGCCACUUAGUCAUGUGACCUUGGGCCAUCCGUUGCACACUGGUAAACUGCACGUGUGAAUGUUUUCAGCCGGGGAAGAUUAACCUGAGGACUUGCGAUCAGUGUAAACAUGGCUGGGUGGCACAUGCCUUGGAUAAACUCAGCACGCAGCACCUGUACCACCCCACGCAGGUGGAGAUCGUGCAGUCCAACGUGGUGUUCGACAUCAGCAGCCUGAUGCUCUAUGGGACACAAGCGGUACCUGUGCGACUAAAGAUCCUGCUGGACCGUCUCUUCAGUGUCCUGAAGCAAGAGGAGGUGCUGCACAUCCUGCACGGCCUGGGCUGGACUCUGCGGGACUACGUUCGGGGGUACAUCCUUCAGGAUGCUGCCGGCAAGGUGCUGGACCGCUGGGCCAUCAUGUCUCGAGAAGAGGAAAUCAUCACCCUUCAGCAGUUUCUGCGAUUUGGAGAAACCAAAUCCAUUGUAGAGCUGAUGGCAAUUCAGGAGAAAGAAGGGCAGGCCGUGGCUGUACCAUCUUCAAAGACAGACUCAGACAUAAGGACUUUCAUCGAGAGCAAUAAUCGUACCAGGAGUCCCAGCCUCCUUGCUCACCUAGAGAACAGCAACCCUUCCAGCAUUCAUCACUUCGAAAACAUCCCCAACAGCCUUGCAUUUCUGCUUCCAUUCCAGUACAUAAACCCGGUCUCGGCCCCAUUGCUAGGAUUGCCUCCCAAUGGGCUUCUGUUAGAGCAGCCAGGACUGCGGUUGAGGGAACCGAGCCUUUCAACUCAAAAUGAAUAUAAUGAGAGCAGUGAAUCUGAAGUAUCUCCCACACCUUAUAAGAAUGAUCAGACAUCCAAUAGAAAUGCCCUGACCAGCAUUACUAAUGUGGAGCCCAAAACCGAGCCAACCUGUGUGUCCCCCAUUCAGAAUUCUGCCCCAGUCAGUGAUCUAACCAAAACUGAACACCCAAAAAGCUCAUUCCGGAUUCACAGGAUGAGAAGGAUGGGGUCAGCCUCUAGAAAGGGAAGAGUGUUCUGUAACGCAUGUGGGAAGACAUUCUAUGACAAAGGUACUCUCAAAAUUCAUUAUAAUGCUGUUCACCUGAAGAUCAAACAUCGAUGCACCAUCGAAGGUUGCAACAUGGUCUUUAGCUCCCUCCGAAGCCGUAAUCGCCACAGUGCAAACCCCAACCCUCGCCUUCACAUGCCUAUGCUAAGGAAUAAUCGAGACAAAGAUUUAAUUCGGGCCACAUCAGGAGCUGCCACCCCCGUCAUAGCAAGUACAAAAUCAAGCCUCACACUCACCAGCCCUGGCCGGCCCCCAAUGGGUUUUACCACUCCCCCAUUAGACCCCAUCUUACAGAAUCCUCUCCCUAACCAGCUGAUGUUCUCUGGGCUAAAGACUGUGCAGCCAGUUCCUCCAUUUUAUAGAAGUUUACUCACUCCAGGGGAAAUGGUGAGCCCUCCCACCUCCCUCCCGACCAGUCCCAUCAUCCCAACCAGUGGUACCUUAGAGCAGCACCCUGCACCACCCUCCGAGCCAGUAGCGCCAGUCGUGAUGAUGGCCACUCACGAGCCUAGUGCUGACCUGGCCCCAAAGAAGAAGCCCAGGAAGUCCAGCAUGCCUGUAAAGAUUGAGAAGGAAAUUAUCGAUACCGCCGAUGAGUUCGAUGAUGAAGAUGAUGACCCCAGUGACGCUGGAGCUAUGGUCAAUGACGUGAGCCAGGACAAUCACUGCCACUCCCAGGAGGAGAUGAGUCCAGGCAUGUCUGUGAAGGACUUUUCUAAGCAUAGCAGGUCCCGGUGCAUUUCAAGGACUGAAAUAAGAAGGGCUGACAGCAUGACCUCUGAGGACCAAGAACCUGAGCGGGACUAUGAGAAUGAGUCCGAGUCAUCAGAGCCCAAACUCGGUGAGGAAUCCAUGGAAGGGGAUGAGCACAUUCAUGGUGAAGUGAGUGAAAAAGUCCUAAUGAACAGUGAGAGGCCUGACGAGAACCACAGUGAGUCCUCCCACCAGGACAUCAUCAAGGUGAAGGAAGAAUUUACAGAUCCCACUUACGACAUGUUUUACAUGAGCCAGUAUGGACUGUACAAUGGUGGAGGAGCCAGCAUGGCAGCCCUGCAUGAAAGUUUUGCCUCAUCUCUGAAUUACGGCAGCCCUCAAAAGUUCUCCCCAGAAGGUGAUCUGUGUUCUAGCCCAGACCCCAAAAUCUGUUAUGUGUGCAAGAAGAGUUUCAAAAGCUCCUACAGUGUGAAGCUUCACUACAGGAACGUUCACUUAAAAGAGAUGCACGUCUGCACCGUGGCUGGCUGCAAUGCUGCCUUCCCCUCUCGCCGAAGCAGAGACAGAAACAGAAAUUUACGGAUGGAAAGAACCAUAGGUCCAGGACAUCGAGACAGCCUGCAACUCCGUAGACACAGUGCCAACAUAAAUCUGCAUCGUAAACUGUUGACCAAAGAACUCGAUGACAUGGGCCUGGACUCAUCACAGCCCUCCCUUAGCAAGGACCUCCGGGAUGAAUUUUUGAUGAAGAUCUACGGAGCCCAGCACCCCUUGGGGCUCGACCUCCGGGAAGACGCCUCCUCUCCCGCAGGGACGGAAGACUCCCACCUGAAUGGGUAUGGGAGAGGCAUGGCAGAGGACUACAUGGUCCUUGACCUGAGCACCACCUCCAGCCUCCAGUCCAGCAGCAGCAUCCAUUCCUCCAGAGAAUCCGACGCAGGCAGUGACGAAGGGAUUCUUCUUGACGACAUUGACGGGGCGAGUGACAGUGGGGAGUCGGCACACAAGGCUGAGGCCCCUGCCCUCCCCGGCAGCCUAGGGGCUGAAGUUUCGGGAUCUCUGAUGUUCAGCAGCUUGUCCGGAAGCAAUGGUGGGAUUAUGUGCAACAUUUGCCACAAAAUGUACAGCAACAAGGGGACCCUGAGAGUGCACUACAAAACUGUGCAUUUGCGAGAAAUGCACAAGUGCAAAGUCCCCGGUUGCAAUAUGAUGUUUUCCUCUGUGCGAAGCCGAAAUCGGCACAGUCAGAACCCUAAUCUCCACAAAAACAUUCCCUUCACUUCAGUAGAUUAGCCUCAGAAUGGACACUACAAAUGCCAGCUCUCACCAGAUGGCCUACAUAUUUGAACUGCCAUAGACAGUGUGUACUUUGUGUGUGUGUGCAUGUGUGUAUACACAUGUAUGCCUCUGUGUAUACACACACACACACACACACACACAUACAUCUUUUCUUUAGAUAUAAAAAGAUAAACACUAGGUGCUUUUGAAAUUUCCUUUAUAAUUUUGGAAAAGGGGUGGGAUAUUUCAUUUGGGGUGAAAACAAAGUACCCUUUAAACACACAUAUACACACACAUAAAGCGUGCAAGUAGCCCAAAUUUUGACAGAAUAAUAAUUCUUGGUCCUCUCCAAAGAGACAGUUUGUUGUACCCAUGACUGUUGCCUGCAAAAAAAUAAAAGGGAAAAAAAAAAGAAAAAAGGAACUUCUUAAUAGUUGUCUUUUGUGAACUUUUAAGGUUUUGAGAGAAUCUUCAACUAAAGCAUGGCAGAUUCACUUGUAAAUAUUUAGCCUUGAGAGGCCAAUGAUGUAAAACAAUUGUAUUGAUGUUGUUUAACUCUUUUGUUUAAUUUUUACAGUUACAUCCAGCUGUUAGAUACGCAGGAAAAAAAAAUAGUUUGCUGGCUAGCUCUAUUCAUUUAUGUUAGCAUUAAUGCACAUUUUUUUUUUUAAACCAACAUGGUCUUGUUUUUACUACCUGCUAGAUAUAGAGAUAAAGAGGUGCUGGCAUGCUUUACAGCACAGAUCUGAUUUUUUAAAAUGUCCUGUACUAGUACAUAAAUCCAGUCAUGCACUUUUUUUCAUACACUACAAGGGGAUGUGUAAUAUCCAUGCUUUUUUAUCCUUAAACUAUUGCCAUACUUCAAGUAAGUGUCUUUUUUAAAAAAAUUCACUUGUAUAAAAAUGGUCUGGUCAGUAUAGGGCACAAAUGCCAAACAAAAGUAUUAGUGUUAACACAAAACUGCCAACUUUGCACAAGUUUCCAGAAAAGAAAAUACAAUUAGUCACUCAACAUAACCACAGGCCAAUUUGUCGGCCACCAGAAAACCGCUUUAAAAAAAACACUUGGUGAUUCUUUCAAGUGCCGAAUGUUAUUAGAAUCAACACUGCAUCCUUCUUGCUUAUAUGUUAAGUUACAUAAAAGGAAAACAAAAUUAUGUGGUGUGAAACAGCCAAGGCAUUUAUUCUUUAGAGGCAGGAUAAUAUUUCAGGAUACAAAAGUCCAAAUUACUCACUAUGGAACAAAGCUGAAUACAGUAAAAGAGUUGAACACUCAUUUCCAAGGACCUUACCCUCAUCCUUUAAAAAGAAAAAAAAGUCUGAACUGGGCUAGUCUGUUGUAUGACUGCCUAAUCUGUUGCAAGUUUUUCAGUAGUCUAUGAUUCAGGCCUGUUUGAUAGACAAGAUCAAAAGACAUUUUAUUUGGAAGCUUUGAAAACAUGUGCUGAACUUGAAUUGAGCAACACUCCUUUCUGAAAAGCCAGAGAAGGGGAGUUUUAAAACAGGAUUUCUCACUGUUUAGUGUUUUGUGUUUCCCCACACGAUUUGUCAGAGAGAAAUGAAAGCAAGCCUAAAACCAAGCAAUUGAGAGUGAGAAAGAGGGGAGAGAUGAUUCUCCAAACCUUUUUGUUUUGUUUUGUUUUGUUUUGUUUCCGAUGUUUACACAUGUUGCCUGAGCUGGUUAACCACAUCGGCAGCCUCAGCUACCACAACAUACUGACGAAAUGAUGAUAUUUACUCAAGUUCAGUCUGCAGCCAAAACCAUGAGGGUAUGCAUUGCAGACUGUGUUUUGUUUUGUUGUCUUUUUUUUUUUUUUUUAAGUGAGGGGGGGAGGUAUAAACAAAGAAUAUUUUGUCAAAUAGUACACAAUAAUUUCAAGAGAAUGUAUUUCUUUUCUGCAUUUAAUGGCCUCAGACAUUUCUCAUCAGUCUAAAGUUAGAAAUACCCCUUUUGUUUUAACUCUUCAUGUCAUUUCCAUUCUUCAUGUUUUGUAAUUAUUUUUUCUGUGUUCACAUCAGCAUUCACUUCCGUUAAAUUUGCCAAAGGAAACUGUUAAUAUGUUUCUGUUAUUAUUAUUCCUAUAAGAUUUAUUGUACCUCACAGUAUUUAUUGUUUCCAAAAGUAAGCAUCACUAGUUGAGGAUUCAGUAUUUUUAUUUGUGAAAAUUUCAGAAACAAUGGAUUGUUAAAGAUAAGCUAGAUGUGUCUAGGAGCUUUAUCUUUUCAUCUCCUUCAGAGGAUGCUAUGGGGUUCAUUUAAUUCUUCAUUUGUUCUACGGUGAGGAAAGACCAAAAGUACUUUCAGUACAAAAGAAACCUUAUUAAACACUAUGUCUCUUAAAUGACAAAUGUUUACGGUAAAAAGCUGAGGAAUUAGUAAUAACCAUUUUUGUUUUCUUGUAUCUUUGAAUUCCCCAAAGUCUUAAUUGCUUUAUUUUGGUGUUGUGUUAAAUUGAAUAGACAGAGAUGUUUUCCUUUGUUUUAUACCAUAUAAGACUCUGUACAGUUUGUUUGUAAAAGAUUGAACUAGAAUAAUGAAAGUUUGUUUGCAAACAUUUUGGUCCUCUUAGCGUUCUCUGUGUUGUGCUGUUGCCCCAUUACCAAAUAAUUCAACUCAAAAAGGGUGGAAAAAAUAUUUUUAGCAUCCCAACAAAAGAUGGAUACACUAGCUUUUGGGAUGUGCAUAGACAGAAUUACACCCAGUUUUAUGAAAAUAAUAUUUUUAUUUCAGUGAUUUUUUUUAGAAGUUACACUCUUGGUUGAGAUAUUUGAACUCCUCUCUUACAGAAUCAAAGUUUCGUCUAUUUAUUGUCAACUAAAAGGUUACAUAGCCCUAGUGACUGAAGUCAUAGCUGUCAGCAGGUCACAUCAGCAAAUGAACCAGGAAUUGAACUGAUGUUUGCUACUUGCCACAAACCAGGCUAAUGUGGCUAGCUGGUUAGAACAAGUUCGGAAGCAGCAGGAUUCUCAAAGCAGAAUUUCCUUGCCUAGAAACAUGAAUGUGUUCACCUGCAUUUUGUCAGAGAAAUGGGCAUGAAUUCUGGACAACCUGCCCUUUUUAAGUAUCUCCCCUCUUUGCUACUACUCUUGUGCCUCAAAUGCCCAAAUGUAAUGGUGGCCUUUAAAUGGGUGAAUAACAUUUUCCAAUAAAAAGCCUAUUUGCUUAAAAGGGGCAGGGGGAGUGGCUAGAAGUGGUACAUAACAGGUAAAAUCGCAAAAUGUACAAUGCUUUUAGUCCCAAAUUGUUGGUUGGUCUUGGGUGCGCGCCUGAAUGGUAUUUUGACUUAACUACAAACUUAGAUAGUGAUAGUGAUCCCACAGCUUAUUUGCAAACAAGAAGAAUAAAGAGAUCAGCAUUUUAAUCAUUGAGCCCUUCAUCUUUACCCAUUCCUACUCAUUUAUUUUUUCACAGGAGAUUCCUAUUGUGAAACAGUUUCUCUUUAGCUGCAUCCAUUCUACGCUGGCUGAACAUUAAUAAGGAUGCUGGUUUUCACCUAGGCGGCUUUUCCCCAUUUGAUUGAAUUUAACCAGAGUUUUGACACAGGUACAAAAUUAGGCAGUAUUAUUAACGUGCAUGUUCACUCGCUGUUGUUGAAAGUUACUGUUUCGAUCAUUUUAAACUAUGUUUUCUUUAAAAUAUCAUAAAGGUUUAGUCUGCUUUAGGGAAUAUCUGCAUGCUGUGGAGGAGAACAGCGAAGAGCAGGAAAAAGGAUAGGUAAUAAGUAACUCGGUUUUAGAAAUGUGAUAAAAAGCUUGACACUUUGUUCUGCUAUUAAUUGUAUUGAAAUAAUUUAUUCCAGUGUAAUGCAUUUCAAAUCUUAAUCCGGCUGCCUAGUUCACCCUGAUGCCUUUUAAAGGUUUAGAGGUGUAAAUAUUUUCCUUCUCAACAUGAUAAACAUAUUUUUUUGAAAACGUUUUUUAGCACAAUGGUGCCACUGUUUUUGUAGUGAGAUUCCUUUGGUCUUGAAUUUCCAGGCCCUUCCAGUAAGGAGAAAGGCACUUAACUGGUUAACAGCCCAAUUAGUGUAUUCAUUGCUCUUUUUAAAAAGCUUUGAUUAUAUCAAGAAUGGGCUGUUCCAGAGGCAUUCUCCUCAUUUUACUCAGGAGAAACCAUGCAUUAGGUUCCCACCAAAUAAAAUAAAUGUGACCUUUUGUUCCUCGUCCUCCGCACACACCCCAGAUGUGGGCCGAGCAAAUGAGAGUGGGGGCCCUUGGCAAUUCGAACAUAAAGAAGUCGGUAACCAGGUGGAGACGGACAUGCUGCUAACUGCUAACGGUUGACCUGAGCAGUCCCGAUUUGUACUUGGUCUGUUGGUGUUGCGUUAGUUUGACUAACAGUAAAUAAAAUUCAACUGUAAUAGAACACGCUACAUUGCUAUUAAACACCAUCCAGAAGAAACUUCAUUCUUCCUAUCAACACAUCCCUUUGCUAACAACUUUCUAAAAAUUAUGACGACCCUUAUUUUUUUUAAAGCCCCCAAAUUUGGAAUAUUUACUUUAAAGGAUUUUGUUUUCCCUCUCAUUCUUUAUUUUUUAAUGGGAAGCGGGUCUCAAUGAGCAAGGACAGCAAUAAAAGGCGGGCACCAAAAAGACGGGAGGGAAUCAGCUUUUGCAAAAGCCAGAGAGAUGAGUAAGGGAUACUAGGUAGAGGAUUGGUACCUGCCCCGUUUGAGGGUAGCUAGAAAAAAACGGUUAAUGCACUGGAAGUGUUUGUUCAAGAAAAAGUCUGGUACAAUUCUGCUUAGCAGUGGAUGAGAGCACGUGGACAUGGUGCCCUGCGGUUCUCCCCAUGACCAGGUGCGCCACCGAACCCCAGUCUGAGGAAGGGGGAAGAAGGCAAGGACAGCUACUUAGAACAGCUCAAGUUCCAUAGGGUCAGGAGAGCCAAGAAGGAGGUAGUUGUACAAUUUUUUUUUCUUUUUCUUCUUUUGGACUGGGAAGGGAUGCCAGAGUCCCUUAGGGAAGCAAAAGAUACGAUGGGUCACCUAGGUUAUUGCGAAGGACAGUGGUCAAACUGAGUAAUCAUGGCGAGUGGUAGCCAGGAUGGGUCUGUUCUGUUUCCAUCAUUACGUUUGCUUGCCCCGAUAGCCAUGAGUGUAAUGCUUCUUGGUACAGUUCUCUUGAUCAAAAUGUAAGCUCAUUUACCUUCCUAUGAAGCAUCAAAGUAACUUCUCCAUUGUCAUAUUUUCCCUCAAAACUAAACCACGUGUGGUAGCCUUGCUCAUGUUAGUAUUACGGCCACAUCUUAUCUGUCCCAGACUCAUUUCCAUAUUUCCAAUAGUUGGAGAAUUCAAUUACUAUUAUGUAAAUCCAACUGUAAAACUGACCAGUGAGUUAGUUCAUCCUCACUCUUGCCCAGAUCCGCAUCCAUCCUUGUGUCCUUCUAUCAUCCCCAUUCUUCUCACAUCUUGCACGAAAUGAUGUUUAUGGUCAUUCAGCAAUAGCUGGACACCAACACUGUCUUUUUGGCAUUUGCUGAAAAAUCCAAAUGCCUAAUAACGGGGAUACAAAAAAACGAAGCAUUUUCACAAAUACACUGAAUUGGAUCAGCAUUAUUGUUCAUUAUAAUGCUAUAUAUAUUUUUGAAGCAACGUGCUAUAGUUGUCAUAGAACUAUUCUAAAGUGUUGUAAAUUUAUUUGACCUUUACUGCAAAAAAAAAAUUUUUUUAUAUGGAGUAUCAAGACAAGGUUCAGUUUGUAACAAAUAGUGAACCAUUACAAAGGAGGAAAGGAAAAGCCUGGGCCGAGCAGCGAGAAGCUUCAGUUCAAUUUCACCUCAUAUCUUUCUAAUAACUUACUUGUCACUUUAUUCCCUUCCAGUAAUGUGAAUGCUGCUGACAAGACUGUCACACUAACAGCAGACAACACCCUCUUUGCUUCAGCCCCAGCUCUCCUGGCUACUUAUUGCCCUGGCCCUGAAGGGACACAAACUAAUAGUGUGCUUUCCAGUUCAGCACUUGGCCAUCAAAUAUAAAAGGAUGCGUAAUUGCCUGUUUAUCCCUUGUGAAGGGGAAAUUGAGUACAAGGGCUAGGCUUUCCCACCGAGUUCCCUGAUGUACACACAUUCACAAUCAGCCUCUCUCUCUCCCUUCCUCCUCCUUCCCCCUCCCUCUCCAUCCCCCACCCCCGCCCCACCCCGCCACCCCUCGCUACACAAGCUUAUACACACACCUACUAAACUGCAUCUUUGGUAAGCCCAGGGCUGCCUCUAGAUGUCCUCUCCAGCUAUUAAGUGGACAGUAACAAGAUGACUUCUUAAAGGGUCAGUAGGGAGAUGCUGGCUGUGACAGAAUUCUUUGUGUCUUUGGAACUUAAGUAUUGCAAUUGCAUGCCCAUCCAUUUUGGAAGUACUGGGUGUGGCCCUAUAAUUACUGCGAAUUUCCCCACAAGUCAAUGGCAUAAGCAGGAUUAGAUUGCCCCAUAUUCUGUAAGGAAAGCAUUAAAAUAUUUUUCCUCCCCUUCAAAAAGUUUACACGUUGAAGAUAAAUUAGUGCAUAAAAAUGGUAUGUUUUGUUUUGUUUUUGCUUUGGCAUUCAACCAUUGGUCUAAAUGUAUAUGUGUAUCUCUCAAUGACAACCUUCAAAUACAUAGUGUAAAAUGACAGAGUAACUUUCAUUUUGUUAAACUGGACUGACAAUCUGAAAAAAAAAAAGGCACAGGGAUUUUGACUUUAAUCACUAAAACAGGGACUACACUAUACAUAAAAUUCCCCACUUUGGGAGAAUUUUUGUGAGUACAAGUACAGCGAGCUUUACAAAAUCAAGGGGCCAAAAGGUACCAAGGAAGAACAGGUGAAAAUGUUAUAUUCCAAAAUACCUUGAGCCCAAAUAACCUGGAGGUAUUGGCUACUAUUUUUGUAUAUUGAACUACUUAAAUGAUGGUUGAAAGUGGCUAGUUAGUGAUAAGGGAAGGACAAGAUCUUUGUGAAUCUUCCAUAUGGAACUUGGGGACUGUGCUUCCUUCCAACUCUCUGGCAGCAGGUGUGACAGAAGCUGUUGACCCCUGCUACAGCAGUCACAUUUCAAAUAUAUUUGUCAACCAAAUAAGACACACGCAGGUGUCAUCUUUGGUGUGAACGUGUGGGAAGAGGGAAAAGCAGCAGUUUGAAGAUAGACAACUUAACGGGUCUAAUCUGACAAACCUGUGCUAAAUAAUUUCACUAACCAGUCUGAGCACUGGGAAGAAAAGCACUUUGAGCAAGGAUUCUUGGGGUCAGAGGAAAAGCAGUUGACUUGAUGUUUUUUACGUUCCUCCAGUUUGUAUAUAUUAAAAUCAUUUCUCAAACAUCCUAUUAGAAUCUUUAAUUAAAAGCUCAGUUGCCAAAAUUGCACAGAUCCUGCUAACUUAUAUUAGCAUUUUCCCCUGUGAAUAACAGGGGUGCUUAAGGACUUUUUGAAUUUUUUUAAUGCUUUUUUUAGCUUCAUUUUUUUUUUAAAGAAUCUUUGAAGACAAGGAAGAGCAGAAAAGGGUAUUUUAACAAAAACGGAGAGAAGUAGAUAGUAUAAAAAUAUAUUUCUUGAAGAGAGAGUAUCUAAGUGCUAUACCAAGACUUUAUAAGGCUUCCUGUUGCCAAAUGCGCUGUUGAAAUAAUGCACAACUAAGAUGGCAAAUCAAUCCAUUAUUAACCGGCUCUGCCCACUUCUCUUAUGGAAUGCAAGGAUUGAGAGGUGCCCCUGGGGAGACCCUGGAGGGAUGAGAGAGUUCCACGCAUCUGGUCCUAGAAAUGUUUUCCAAAAGAGAGGGAGGAAACCCCAGGCCUCUUGGUAGUCCCCCUGCAAGGUGAACUGACCCAGCACUGUUUCUGUGGGAGCCUCGCUGCCUGCCUUUUCCAUGCUAGGAGACAAAGCAUCUCCCGCCCACCCGCGAACCAGUACUGUAGCCGCAAGAAGCAUUGAUCCAUGAGGUAUGAUGCUCUUGAACUUCCAGACAAUGUGCUGAGUUAAUAGGUUCACUUAAGAUGUAUAAACCAAGGUUGAUUUUUUUUUUUCAUCUAGUAGUCAAUUUGGAGCAUUUUUGCAUGUCUCUGUACAGAGUAAUUCAUUCCUCUCAUUGCCUAUCUUAUUCUUCCCUGACUUCAUCAUCUUUUCACUCCCACCCUUUGCUCUUCUUGUGAUUUCACCCACCCCCUUAAAAACAUCUUUUCUGAAGCAAGAAGGUAGAACACUCCUUCAUCCUGAUUUUGAUCGUUUUGGAAACAUUUGUGUGUUCUACCCUGUCCAGGGUUUACAUAACGUGAAUUAAGUGAAUGAGAUGUUCUAGUAUUAUAUAUUAACCUGAUAUGACUAUCACAGAUUUAUAAUAUAUGGUGCACUUGCUUUCCUGUGCAAACUUUGGUUCAGCUGCCCUGCGGAGAAAUCUUACCAUUUUCCUACCAGUGCCAGUAUGAAAAGUGCAGGAGAGAGAAAUGUGGGUACGUGGAGGUCAGAGGGGAAGGAAGGUGGAGAAACCAGGAGUGGACUUUGGUCUGAGGCCACCUGGGCCUUUCCUCAAAGAUAGACGUAAGCUGGGGCUUUGGGGAAAAAAGCACUCUGUUCUCUACUGCUGCUCAUGGACAAGUCCUUCUUAGAACUGCAAGGUCCCUCACGUAGCUGGGAGAACACACCUUUCUUCUCCACCCCAAACCCACUAGUGUGUCUCAAUAACAAAAGCUUCAUGCAACCUGCAUAUUUGACCACAAAAGUGGCCAAAGGGAAUCAAAAUAUCUUGAGGAAAAGGAAUUUUCACCAAGAUAUGUCCUCUCCCUCCCCCAGAGUCUGGGGGUUUCUGCUUUUGUGUUUGUGGUGUUCUCAUCUGCAUCAAACCAGUCUCUUCUGCUAAGCCUGUGCAGAACCAAAGUCUGUACUACAAAAGGUAGCUGCACCGAGGGAUGGGGACAGCUUGCAUUACCCUGAUCUCAUUAUCGUGAUGUUGGUAGCUUCAUAAAUACUGUGUGUACCUUGAACAAGGUUUUUUGUUUUUGUUUUGUUUUGCUUUUCGUUUGUUUUUAUUAGUAGUCUAAGGGAAUUAAAAUUUUAUUUGCUAUUUCCUUUGUUGUAUUUCUGUACUAUAAACUGUCCUACAGUAUGUCUUUUGCAUAAAAUGCAUAAGGGUUUGGGGAUGUAAAUGGAAUUUUAUUCAUAUUUUGUCCAAAUACCUCUUGUAAUUUGUAUCAAAAUUCUUGUACAAUUUUUAUAUUAAAGAUUUAUCAGUCACUGA